CACUACGGCCCCGCCUGCCUCAGCCCCUGCCGGAAGCUGCCCGUGCUGCACGUGCUGGGCCGCCGGCCCCUGGACGCGGAGCGCUGCGCCGGCGCCUUCCGGGAGCUGCACCCGGACCCCCAGAGCCGCGUGGCGGUGCUGAGCGACGUGGCCUACGCCCACGCCAUGGCUGAGCUGGAGCAGCGCCUGCGCCCUGACUACCCCCACGUCGUCUUCUCCCGGCUGGUGUGCGAGGCCGACCCCUCCCCAGAGCCUGCGCCCGACCCCCCGCCAGGCCCCAGGCCCCCCCCGCUGCUGCGGCAGUUUGGGCGGGAGGUGCCGGUGGCGGCGCUGGAGGCCCAGGCCGUGUUCUACGUGGGUGGCGAGGGGCUGCCUCUCACCAACCUCAUGCUGAGCUGGAACCGCUGCCCCUUCAGCUCCUUCGACCCUGCCACGGGCCGCGCCCGGCACGAGACCCUGGACGUCAACCGGGCGCUGCGGCGGCGCCUCUACCUGGUGGAGCGGGUGCGCGAUGCGCGGGCCGUGGGCAUCCUAGUGGGCACGCUGGGCGUGGCUGGCUACCGGGAGGCGCUGCAGCACCUGCGGGACACGCUGCGCCGGGCCGGCAAGCGCAGCUUCACACUGGCUGUGGGCAAGCCCAGCCCCGCCAAGCUGGCCAACUUCCCCGAGCUGGACAUCUUUGUGCUGGUGGCCUGUGCCCAGAACUCCCUACUUGACAGCCACGACUUCUAUCGGCCCGUGGUGACGCCCUUCGAGCUGGAGCUGGCCUGCAACCCUGCCCGCACCUGGACCGGCAGCUACCUCACCGACUUCAGGGACCUGCUGCCAGGUGGCAGCGCGCACCUGGAGUUCCCGGAGGCGCUGGGGACAGAGGAUGAGGGCGCUGACGUCUCGCUGAUCACGGGGGAGCUGCGGGCAGCGCGUCUCAGCAUUGAGCCCGUGCCCCUGGCCAGCACCGCCCUGGCCUGCCGUAGCCAGACCCUGGAUCUGGCCGAGAUCAGCCCAGCUGCCUCCUUCUUGCAGUCGCGGAGCUGGCAGGGCUUGGAGCAGCAGCUUGGCCAGACACCAGUGCGGAAGGCAGUGGAGGGGCGCCGGGGCAUCGCCAUCGCCUAUGAGGACGAGGCCUGUGGGUGACGCCAGCCAGGAGGAGAUGCUGUGAUGUCCCGGCCUGGCCUCUGGGCACUGCGGCUCUUGGGGGAGCAGAGACCCCCGGGCUGGGCCCGGGCCUGGCUCCCUGGGGCCCAGACGGGGGCGGAUGGGGGAGACUUAGUCCUACCUGGGCCCUGCUGUGUUGCAUUAAAGACUGGACAGA